GGUGCAAACGGAACAGUUUUGCUUUUGGUGACAGCGACUGGGCGAAGGCCCGGUGACCCACAUUCUUAUCUAAUGCUGUAUGUUAGCUACCUAGCUAGCUCCAGCUAAAAGUGGGUUGACACACAUACUGUUGCAGACGAGUUAAAUGCUCGCCAGUUUACGUCUUAAAGUGUCCGCUCGGAGGAAAAAAUACCGUUUGUCUGUUUUUUUACGGAAGAAGAACCCUCGACAGUGCGUGUCAUUCGUCGCAGUGAAGAAUUCAGGCAAGAUUUAACUACACUCAUCCGUCAUGAAGUGAAGCGGUUGACUAAUUAACCAUCACUCUGAGACAAAAGUGGUCUGUGAUGGCAGAUUUUUUUUGUCUUCUGGAUCGGCUUUUUCUUUUCGUGUUCUUACUCAGAUGUUGCUGCCAUGUGCCACACUGACACCUCAUGCAGACAAAAAACUCAGUUCACUGAAGACCUUUUAGCAUCUUUCUGCCCCCCGAUCGAAGAAACUUACAGUGAUUCUCCUCCGAGACUCACGGAGGCCCAACCUUUCCACAGUGUGUCCACAUAGACGCUACCUUCAUCUGGCUGCACCUUCCUCAUUGUUUCACAGGACUGGCUAUACUGUCAGUAACGUUCAUUCACAAAUGUCUACCUCACGAUUAAAAGAUCCCUCUCCAACAUUGCGACCCUGAACAGGAAAAAAAAAAAUGACCUCAAGCAUUGACCGGGAUGACAGCAGUAUCUUUGAUGGGUUAAUGGAAGAAGAUGAAAAGGACAAAGCGAAACGUGUGUCCCGAAACAAGUCUGAGAAGAAACGCAGAGAUCAGUUCAAUGUCCUCAUCAAGGAGCUGGGUACCAUGUUGCCAGGCAACACCCGGAAGAUGGACAAGUCCACUAUUUUGCAGAAGAGCAUCGACUUUCUGCACAAACAUAAGGAAAACGCUGCUCACUCAGAGUCAACUGAGAUCAGACAAGACUGGAAACCUCCUUUUCUUAGUAAUGAAGAGUUCACUCAGCUGAUGUUGGAGGCGUUAGAUGGAUUUUUCCUUGCAAUUAUGACUGACGGGAAUAUAAUCUAUGUCUCUGAGAGCGUGUCAUCCCUACUAGAACACCUACCUUCUGAUCUUGUGGAUCAGAAUCUGUUAAACUUCCUGCCAAUGGGGGAACAGUCAGAUGUGUACAAGGCUCUGUCCUCUCACGUCAUGGAGGGAGAGACGCUGACACCUGAGUAUUUAAAAACUAAAAAUCAGAUAGAGUUCUGUUGCCACAUGCUCCGAGGGACAAUCGACCCCAAAGAGCCCCCUGUGUACGAAUAUGUCAAAUUCAUUGGAAAUUUCAAGUCCCUGAAUAAUGUGCCUAACUGUACCCGAAACGGUUUUGAAGGAGUGAUCCAGCGAUCGCUUCACUCUGCCUUUGAAGACAGAGUAUGUCUCAUAGCAACUGUAAGGCUAGCGAAACCACAGUUUAUAAAGGAGAUGUGCACUGUAGAGGAGCCUAAUGAGGAAUUCACUUCCAGACAUAGUUUAGAAUGGAAGUUUCUCUUCUUGGACCAUAGAGCUCCACCCAUCAUAGGUUACCUCCCAUUUGAGGUCCUGGGUACAUCAGGGUAUGACUACUACCAUGUAGAUGACUUGGAGACUCUGGCCAAAUGCCACGAACACUUAAUGCAAUAUGGCAAGGGAAAGUCCUGCUACUACAGAUUCCUCACCAAAGGGCAGCAGUGGAUUUGGCUUCAAACUCAUUACUACAUCACUUAUCACCAGUGGAACUCCAGACCAGAGUUCAUUGUCUGCACACACACUGUUGUAAGUUAUGCUGAAGUAAGAGCAGAACAGCGCAGAGAGCUCGGCAUUGAAGAAUCACCGCCAGAGAUGACAGCUGACAAGCAGCCCCAGGACUCAGGCUCUGAGCUCAACACUUCCAGCCUGAAGGAGGUUUUGGACGGCUUCGACCGCAGCCGGACGCCUUCGGCCUCAUCUCGCAGCUCACGCAAAUCCUCGCACACCGCUGUAUCUGACCCGGCCUCAUCACAGAUGAAGCUCCAGGGAGAUAGGAGUACACCCGGCAGGCAGUCUGUCUCUGCUGUGGAGAUGACGUCACAGCGAAGAUCAUCUAUCAGCAGUCAGCAGUCGAUGAGCUCCCAGAAUACAGGGCAGAACAUGGCACCUGCUAUGGUUUCACAGCAGCAACAGCAGCCUCAACAACAAAUUCAGACUAACAACCAGUCAAUGGUGCAGUUCUCCAGUCAGUUAGAAGCAAUGCAACACCUGAAAGAGCAGCUGGAGCAGAGGACCAGAAUGAUUGAGGCCAACAUUCAGAGGCAGCAGGAUGAACUACGGCAGAUCCAGGAGGAGCUGCAGAGGGUGCAGGGCCAGAGUCUACAGAUGUUCCUGCAGAAAGGAGCUGGAGGACUGAAUAUAAGCUCUGUUCAGAUGGCCCAGGGGACCACUGUACAACAGGGGGGCACACUCACCAUGCAGGGCCAGGUGGUCUCUGCAGGGCCUCUACAGAACAGCAUACAGCAACAACAUACUGUCCAACCCCAAUCCCAGCAGCAAACACUGCUGCGGGAACAGAGCACAGCACUCUCACAGUCUCAGCGGUCGUCUCUUACUCUGCAGCCUCAACAAAAUCCACUGCCUGCAUCUCUCUACAACACAAUGAUGAUCCCUCAGCAAAGCCCUGCUAACGUGGUUCAGAUUGCCACAAGCCUGGCACAGAAUACUGGAUCCAACACUCCUGCUGUGGCAACAUUUGCACAGGACCGUGCGGCUCAGAUUAGGUUUCCUGCAGGUCCUCAGCUGCUCACCAAGCUAGUGACAGGACAGAUGGCAUGUGGGGCUGUCAUGGUUCCCACAACCAUGUUUAUGGGCCAAGUGGUGACGGCCUUCGCUCCUCAGCAGGGCCAGACACAGACUAUCAGUAUUUCCCAACAGCCACCACAGCAACAGCAACAGCAGCAGCAGGAGCAGCAGGUGCAGCAGGUACAGCAGCAGUCGCAGGUCACGGCCAUGCAGCCCGGACAGGCAUCUCUGACGCAGCAGCAAACACAGUUCCUGCAGGCGCCUCGGCUCCUUCAUGGAAACCAGUCCACCCAGUUGAUCCUGCAAGCAGCAUUUCCUUUGCAGCAGCAGGGUACCUUCACUGCCACAGCCCAGCAGCAGCAACAACAGCUACAGCAGCAACAACAGUUACAACAGCAGCAACAGAAGCAGUUACAACAGCAGAAGCAGCAGCUUCAGCAACAGCAGCAGCUGGCCCCUCACAGAGCAGAUAGUUUGUCUGACCGCUCUUCCGCCCAGCCACAGUAGCUGGCUGAAGUGGAGUUGUCCACAUGGGUGUCUUUGUGACAGGAGUCUAGGAAGGAGUUCUGCUGAAAGCACAGCACUGAGUCCAUGCAUCAGGGGCUGAGAAGUGAUUGGAUGGGCAGGCCGUGCUUCCCUUCUUUCACAAGGAUCUUUUGCUGUUUGCACUUAACUCCUGAGCAGCAGAGAACCAAGGACUGGGUUCGCUGUGGCUCUGGCAGCAGGUUUGGCUCAAAGCCUUUCAUCCAAGGAAACAGGGAGCCACAAUCCGUGUAACGGACUCCCCAUCACUCCUCUCCUGGCCCUCUAAAAGUGUCUGUGUGUGUGUAUGUGUGGGUGUGUGUAUGUGUGUGUGCGUGCGCUCUAGUCACCCUCACAGGAUUAUUUCAUGCAGAGCUCUCCAGUCAAAGCAGUGAGGAUUCUAUCUUCACUUCAAGGACAUCCUGCAGAGCCGCCAGAGGAUUGUUCCUUUUGGAUGUUUUCUCCUAUUCUUGUUUUUCAUGUAAAAAUAAUUAUGGGUCAGAAAAUAUUUUUAAGAAUGUGGUGUAGAUUGAACUUUUACUGUACAGAAUAUUGUGUAAUAUAUAAUGUAAAUACAUUGAAAAAGAAAGAACUAAUAUUUUAUAUGAUGCAUGAAAUGAAAUGCAUAGUCUGUUAUUUGCAGCUUUGAAUAUGCUUUUUUUCUUGUACUCAAAGAAAAAAAGAUCUUAAAAUGCUCAGUGGCUGAUAUUUUCACACACUUCCUUUCUCCCAGAGGAUGUGUUUGUUUGUGUGUCUGCAUAGCAGACAAUGCCGAUGCUGUUUGUUGUGUCACAGUUUGUUUAAUCCUUGACUCAUAUUUUCACAGUUUUGUAAAACUGUCAAAAUGAUAAACAAACAUUUUAAAGUAGUUUUAAGGUUUUUAAGAUGUGCUUAAAAUCCAAACACUCGGGACUCUAAAUUCAUAGUGAGCCAGAUGUUGUGAUUGAAAUAGAAACUACCAAGGUUAGGCUAAAUGUAUGCAACAAUACAAUUUGCCAGCAUAAUCCUUCAUAUCAUUGUUUGUUCUUUUUAUCACUAGAUCCCUCCAUUUCAUAGCCAUCCAUAAAGCCUGUGUGACACUCAAAGCUGCUUUAUCCCAGCUACAAUCAUGUUUCUUUUCAAAUAUAUCGAAAUAUUAUGUAAAGUCAGACACCUGUUAAGCUGUUGGUAAGAUAAAGUAUUUCCUCAUUGGCA